CAUUAAAACCUACUAGGCCUUAACCUAGUUACCUCCUCAAAAAGAAAAAAGAAAAGAAUACUAUUAUUGUGUAUUUGUUAUUUAUAUUAUUAUGAUUGAGUUUGUUAAUAUGGAUGAAGGUGGGAUAAGUGGAAAUAAUAGCUUAAAUCUGUUGCCUCCUGGUCUUAGAUUCUGCCCAACUGAUGAAGACCUUGUGCUUCACUUUCUCUAUCACAAAGCUAACUCUCAUCAUCGUUUUUCCAAUUCCAUUAUUAUUCCUCAUCUUCAGCUUCAUCUCUAUAACCCUUGGCAAUUCCAUGGUAAAACACUGUCAAAUGGGGACAUUCAUUACUUUUUCAGCAGAGUGGGAGAAAGUAGAGCAACAGAGAGUGGAUAUUGGAAAGAUGUUUUAAUGGAUGAACCAAUCUUUUGCGGUGCCAAUGGGGAUGAAGUGGGUAUCAAAAAAUAUCAUAUUUUCUUUGUUGGUGAUCAAGAAGAAGAUGAUGAAUCACCAACACCCAUUCAAACAAGUUGGGUCAUGCAAGAGUAUCACAUUUACAACUACCUUUUGAACACUCAUGAUCAUACUCAUCCAUCUCAAAACAACAACAAUAAUCUAUCACAAACAAAAUCAGAGUUUGGAAUAUGGGUUGUAUGUAGAGUAUUUGAAGCAAAAGAAAACAAUAAUAUUAUUGGAAGAAGUAUGUUUUGUUAUGAGGAAGAUGAUGAUGAUGAUGAAAGUGAACUUUCUUAUUUGGAUGAGAUGUAUUUGAGUUUAGAUGAUAUUUGAAUUUCCAAUAUAUAAUCUUAGUUAAUUAUUAAACCUCA